UCAUCCCAUAAUGCACGGCGCACUCCCGCAAGACCGGCGUUUCGGCGCAUGCGCUUUGCUACGGGUCCGGCCGGUCGCUGAGACUCCAGGAUGGCGGCCGUGGUGUUGAGCGAUGCGGAGCGGGUCUAUGUGAUGUACGGUGUGCAGGAUGAUCUGCGAAUUGAUGGACGUGGCUGUGAAGAUUACAGGCACAUAGAAGUAGAAACAGAUGUGGUGUCGAACACAAGUGGGUCUGCUAGAAUGAAAAUUGGUCACACAGAUAUUCUUGUUGGCAUUAAAGCAGAAAUGGGCAUGCCCAAACUGGAGAGGCCAAAUGAAGGAUUCUUGGAAUUUUUUGUAGACUGUUCUGCCAAUGCAACUCCGAAAUUUGAAGGUCGUGGUGGGGAGGAUCUUGGCACAGAUAUUGCCAACACUCUGUACCGAGUGUUUGACAACGGCAGCAGUCUGGAUUUGAAGGCACUGUGCAUCACUCCCAGACAGCACUGCUGGAUCCUUUACGUAGAUGUCUUGCUAUUAGAGUGUGGUGGAAAUCUUUUUGAUGCAAUUUCCAUUGCAGUUAAAGCAGCACUUCAUAAUACAAGAAUUCCAAAGGUCAAAGUGCUGGAGAAUGAUGAAGGUUCUAAGGAAAUUGAGCUGUUGGAUGAUCCAUAUGAUUGUAUUCGCCUUAAUGUGGAAAAUGUGCCUUGUAUCAUCACUUUAAGCAAAAUUGGUCACAGGCAUGUGGUAGAUGCCACAUCACAGGAGGAAACUUGCUGUAUGGCUAGCUUGUUGGUGUCUGUCACCAACAAAGGAACCCUCACCUGCUUCAGGAAAAUCGGAGGAGGCAGCUUGGAUCCAGCAAGUGUGUUUGAAAUGAUAGAGACUGGAAAGCGAGUUGGAAAAGCUUUGCAUAAAUCAUUAAUGACUACUUUGGCAAAAGAAGAAAGUUUGGGAAAGAAGCGACAGAAAGUUGGUUUUCUUGGUUAACCUUUUCCUAUGUAAAUACUUCUAAAUAAAAGUGGUUUAUAAACGUU